GGAAGCGGCAAGAGUGGAGUCUAAAAGAAAAAUACUGAGGACAAAGAGAAGGCACUAAUGCAUGUAGGAGAUAUCCAGUGAGUCAGGACUGAAACAGGCAGAGAGCUCAUUUGUAAUAGAUAUGAUCCUGGACAUGUCCAAAGAAGAUAAAUCUCUAAGCGAUGUGAUCAUCGCCGUCAGCAGGUGGUCAGAGGUUAAGGAGAGGGUGGUGUGGGUUGACACUAAGAAGACACAGAUAAGGAACAAAGCAGGGAAGCUGAAGGAGAAAGAGAUCACAAUCCUGGAGGUGCGAGUGAAAGCCCAGAAGCCUGGAGAUAAAAAGCUCCAGGAGGUCCUGUACAGCACUAAGGCCCGCACUGUCUGCUACUUCUGUCACAUUGGAAUGAAAAUCCUGCCCUGGAAACAGAGAUGUACAGGGGAGAAUGGAUUGACGCCAGUGCAAAUGACGAUGGCAUUGGGCAUGGAAAAUCAGCAGCCUGACUUUACUGAGGCCCAGGGACAAAGGGAGAUCUGAGGAGUAACAAAGAGUCACUAUGAUCUAAAACAGUGCAUUUUAAUGUUAAACACCAAGCU